AAUGUAAUAGUUGAAGUUCUUUAGUACUUUGGUUUCAAAUUCAGAUUGAAGAAUUGCCUAUAUGUAAUCAAUUUUUGCUCAAAUGUCGUUUUAUUAUUGUGCUACUAUACUUGAUUUUUUAUUACUAGAGGUAAAUCAUUCGUUUAAUAAUUAUCUAAAUAUGAAUAAUUAAUUAAAUCUCUAUUGGCUAACUAUCAAUACUAUGUAAGUAUAAGUAAAUGUUUACACAAGACCAAAAAAAUAAGAAAUAAUUAACUAUGAUAUUAAAAAUAUAUCAAGAUAGAACAAGUGUCGUGUACUUAUAAAAUGAUUUAUGAUUUCUAUUUGUUAAUAACUGUCAACUUUCAAAAUACACUAAAUUGUAUAGAGUCUUAACCUCCACAUGAUUAUAACCAUAAUAUAUAAUAAAUAUAUUUGAUUGCAUUAAAAAAAAAUAUAAAAGAUCAAAAAACAUCAAAAUUGAAAAAGAAAUUAAAAGUUCAUCGUGAAUUCGAAAAAAGAAAUUUUUUUGUGAAUCUUUGACCGAUUAUAUAGUUUUUAAUAUUUCAAAAUCUUUUAUGUCUGUAAUAGAGAUUAAAAUAGAUUAAUAAAAAAACAUCAUAUAAUCUCAAUUCGAAUAAUUGCACAAAAAAAAAAAGAAACAAUCAGACACAAUUAUACAUAGUUUUCCAAUCGGAUGGAAUUGUCUAUAUUAAAUUAUAAUAGAUUUGCAAAAGAAAAUCUAACAGUUUAAUGAAAUACAUUUCUUCGUUAUUUUCUUGUUCCAUAUACUAAUGUUUAAAAAUAGUUGCUAUUGAUUACUCAAAAAAGUCUCCAUCUUAAAUAUGAAAUUUCAAUGAAUUGUAAGAAAAUGCUAAAUAUUCUCUUUAGGCAUAAUUAUCUUCAUCGUCAUAUGCACAUUUUUUCCAUUCAUACUAUCCGUUAUUCAACCAUGACAGGAUGAUGUGUGAAUCGUCUCUUUUAAUUACUUAAUGUUUAUCUUUUUUGUUCGUCAUUUAAACUACGAAAUAGGAUUGUCUGUAUCAUUGUAUUAACAUGUGAAUAAUAUUUGACUACGAUUAAUUCUUUGUUUUUUUUUUUGCACAAGCCUGUAAGCAAUAAUGUCGUUUCAAUAUUAUUCGAUUUUUUUUUUUUUUGCAUCAUAAUUUAUCAUUAGCCAUAAUCGGUAUUAAAUAUUGUCAUGAUUGUCAAAAUCAUUAAUAACAAACAGUGAUUUAAUACAAUAAAAAUUUGACUUAUAUUAAUGCAGAGAUAUGUCAGCCGUAUAGAUACUACAAUAUAAUAUUGUAUUAUGGUUGAAUAGUUUUAAGUUGCUAACAAUAUUUUGAAAUGUGUCGCUUUGUCAUUUAGUUUCGAUAUUCAAUGUUAAAGACGUCUUGUAUUAGUUUAAAGAAGAAAUAUUUCUGUAUUAAUUUAAGUUAGUGAUACGCUCUGUUAGAUCUACGCUAUAAAUUAUUAUAAUGGUACGAAUAAUCGAAAAUAUUUUGUCACAUGUUCUAUUGUACAACGUAUAUAUCUAGAUUAUUUUUUCUAUAGAGUCCAAGGACAUAUAGUUUUUCAUGCAUUUUAUCAAUAUUCGAUUGAUAUUAGUUUAGAAAUUGAAUUAUUUAAGUACCAGUUAGAAGUCAAGUUACUUUUUUGUCUUUCUUUUGAGUCUUUUCAAUAGAUGUUAAUCGAAAAAAAAAGUAUCUUAUAUCUUCAUAUCGAUUAUGAAAUUUAAAUAUGAAAAUUAUAUUAAUAGUAUAAGAAGUACUGUUCGAGAUUAUAAAAUUGUAGAUUUGAUGAAUUCUACUACUGUAUUCUCUUGUUAACAUUUUAUAUUUCUGCAUUUAUGAAAAUAUUUUGACAAAUAAAAAAUUUAAGGUCUUUCCUUCUUAGUUUCAAAAAAAAUGUUUCAUACAAUUCAACGACAACUAAAAAUAUUUCUCUUAAUCACAUGUUACUUUUUCAAUAUCAUAAGUAAGUUAAUAAAUUUCUUCGGAAAUGAAAACAUUAUGAAUAUUAGUUGGAGGUCCUGAUCAACGUCGUUUGUUAAAAUAUCUAUUGACUGAUAAUGGAUAUAAUCCAAUUGAACGACCUGUUCAAAAUGAUUCUCAUACAUUAUCUGUCAUUAUAAAUUUGGCUUUACAACACAUCAUUGAUUUUGAUGGAAAAAAUGAAGCUAUUGUUAUUAGUGGAUGGAUGACUAUGAUGUGGAAUGAUUAUAGUUUAAAAUGGAAACCAGAAGAUUUUGGUAAUAUUGAAACACUACGAAUACCAAGUACACAAAUUUGGACGCCAGACAUUCUCCUAUACAAUAGUGCGGAUGAAAAAUUUGAUCCUACAAUGAAAGUUAAUGCUGUUGUGCAACAUAAUGGUGAUAUACUAUAUGUUCCACCAGUAUUGUUCAAAUCAAUUUGUUCAUUUGAUAUUGCUGGAUUUCCAUUUGUAAGUAUCAAAAAAGAAAAAGUAUUUCAGUUAUAUCGUAUUUUUAUCUUGAUUGGUUGUCUUUUUUUGGAUACACAAUAUUGUACGUUGAAAUUUGGACCAUGGACAUAUGAUGAUUUUGGAAUCAAUUUAACGGCUGAAAGUAGUAAAGGUCAAUUAGAUGCAUACGUCAAAAGUGCUGAAUGGGAUUUAGAAGUACCUUGUUUUCUUAUCAGUUGUAUGACAUUACUUGGAUUUUUAUUAGCACCAGAUAGUGGUGAAAAAUUAACUUUGCAGGUUACAAUUCUUCUAACUGUUGUUAUGUUCAGUUUACUUCUAUCAGAAAUUAUGCCACCAAGUUCAAAUGCUAUACCUAUUAUUACUAUUUAUUUCAUGUGUAUUAUGAUUAUGUCAGCGGUUUCCGUUGUUGCAUCCGUAAUAGUAAUAUCACUUCAUUUUCGAAAUUCAAAAAAUUAUACAAUGCCAUUAUGGGUUCGUAAAUAUAUUUGUAACUAUUUAGCAUGGCUAUUAUUUAUGAAGCGUCCUAAUCAUGAUUUAAGUUGGCGUGCAAUUCGUCGUCAAUGGGCUUUUCUAAAACAAGAACCAAAUAAUAUAAAAGCAUUGAUUGGUAAUAAUCAUUCUAAAAUUCCUUCAGAACCAUUGUUACAUAAGACAUUCGAAUUAUUACCAAACAAUAUUAUAGAUAUCGAAAAAGAAUCUUUAGAAUUUCAAGAUAAUCAAGAAAAACAACGUUCGGAUGUACUAUUAGAAUUUUCUGUACCUCGAGUUACGAAAAUUCAUCGUAAUGUAUCAAAAGAGUUGCAUACAUGUGAUAUGGAAAUGGUUCGUUCUGAACUACGUAUUAUUAUUUCUCAACUUACUGUUCUUACUAAUCAUUUUCGACGACAAGAAGAACAUGAUGAUGAAACUCAAGAUUGGAAAUUUAUAGCAAUGGUCAUUGAUCGUCUUUGUCUAAUUAUUUUUUCAAUAAUCAUGUUUGUUUUUACUACACUUACUUUUCUUAAUGUUUAA